AUGGAUGCUUGGGUACGACCUGUUAUAUACUGCCAUAAAAAUGCGUUCCUGAUGAUCAUGGAUCUUCGGAAUAGAAGCAUUCCCGUUCAAUGGGCGAUUCUAAUGCUUCGUGAGUUGAACACUGAACCUGACCGGCCAAAUCUUUAGCUUUAGGUUGUGUUGCUGGAUGUUUUGGAGUGGUAAUCUAUGGAAUUGCAAUCCAUUUCAUCUACCGCUUUUUUGCAUUGGAAAGGUUUGCAAUUAUUUCGACUUUCAGGUCCAUACUUUUUAAAGAAACGGAAGAAUAAGAUACUUUGACCGACAAUACCUCCCCGUCUGGUUCAUGAUUCCAAUUCUGGGCGGAUUCUGCUGGAUUACAAUCGACUUUUACCUUUUGCCGAUGACUCCUGUCUUCACAGAGUACAUGAAAGAGGCGAUCGAGAUCGAUUUGGGAAUGGAUAUUAAGCAAGUGGUCUACUCGGGCGCCUUGUUCUACCCGACUGAUGCCAGUGGUCGCGUCUACUUUAACUGGAGAAGUGGUCUCGGUUUGGUUCUGUUCAUGACAACCAUGGCGAUUCCAUUCAACGUCAUCAUUUUCAUCGGAGCCAAGAGCUGGACAAAAAUCAAAACGUUUCCAACGUCCAAGUACGGACAAGUGCUGCAAAUGCAAUUGUGCAAGGCACUAGCUGCACAGGUAGCAAAGAAAAGCUUCCCCCCCAGUGAGUGGAACUGUAGGUUCAUGUUUUACAGACUCUAAUACCGGUCACCGCUCUUUUUAUCCCCUUCAGCUUCGCUUUUCUAUGUCCUAUUUUUGGUGUCGACUGCAAGAUAUUAGCGUUGGGAUUGAACUUUGUAUAUGCUCUUUACCCGGUCGUCGAUCCGCUCCCAAUUCUGUUUUACGUACAAAGCUAUCGGAGAGUGAUUUCUGGUAAAUAUUCUACAAGGUUUCGGUACAAUUGUGUUUUGUUUUCAGGUCUUUUCAAGUGUUGUGGAAGUGCGAAAGUGCAUGUGCAGGAGGAAGACCUGACUUCUCGUGGAGCUAAUUCACUUUCAUGA